AUGGGCAACGACAUAGAAGCAUCCCCGCACACCACACGGAUCAGUGAAGAUGCCAAUUCGCUCAAAUCAUCGGCCCACGUGGGUAGAGAGGAACUUGCGGAUAUCGUCCCACCCCACGAGACGUACGAAGGCCGGCAUCGCUUCGACCCCCAGGCGAGCUGGACAAUUGAGGAAGAACGGCGUGUGCUCGAUCGUGGAAACAUAUCGAAUGCGCUCGCAGACAAUCUUCUGGAAGAUCUCGGUUUGACUUCUGACGACUACAACAACGGAACAACGAUACAGUUGGUAUGCUUUCUGGCUGCGGAAUUUCCAGUUCAGUUUCUCACCAAACGCUAUGGCUUCAAGUAUAUCCUCCCAACCAUGAUGCUUGCUUGGGGAACUGCAUCUUGGGGUCAGGCGUGGAUGCACGACCGAACUUCUUUUUACCUGGGCCGCGCAGCCAUCGGACUUUGCGAAGGUGGUUUCAUCCCCGGUGUGAUCUUGUUCGCGACCUAUUUCUACAAGUCCAAGGAGCUUUCUCUGCGCCUGGCAGCCUUCUGGUCGACACUCAACAUUGCGCGUGUCAUCUCGGCCUUGCUUGCGGCGGGGAUUCUGGAGAUGCGCGGUGUUGGUGGAAAGCCAGGUUGGUUCUGGCUAUUUCUCCUCGAAGGCCUUUUGACGGUCGUCAUUGCCAUUCUCUCGUACUUGUAUCUGCCCACCGCGCCGACAUCCACGAAGAAUGUGCUUUGGCGUCAAGGUUGGUACACUGAGCGGGAAGAAGUCAUCAUGGUCAACCGUAUACUCCGAGACGACCCAGCCAAAGGCCUUACUGCUCUCAAAGAGCCAGCAACGUUCAAAGACAUCCGCGCGGCUUGGUCAGAUUCCUCCAUGUGGGGUCUAUACUUCAUCGGCCUUGUCGCUUACAUCCCUGCUUCGCCGGUGCAAGGAUACCUCACUCUCACGCUUAAACGCCUCGGCUUCAGCACCUUCAACAGCAACAUGUUGACAAUCCCGUCUGCGGCUCUCCAGGUUGUCACUAUGCUGGCAUUGGCAUACUCAAGCGACUAUUUCAACGAACGUACUUUCCAUUGUAUAUUCGGCGAGUUCUGGAUCAUGCCGCUUCUGAUUGCGUUGUUGACACUACCCGAUGGUGGCCUUGAAUGGGGCCGCUUUUCCCUAAUCACGCUGAUCUCCGGAUACCCAUAUUUCCAUCCAUUGGUCUCCUCUUGGAUCUCCGAGAACACUUUUGACGUUAAGAAACGUGCAAUUACGGCCGCAACGUACAAUGUCAUUGUGCAGAUUGGAUCUCUGAUCAGUUCACAGAUCUACCGCAAGUACGAUGGCCCGUACUACAAGCAGGGAAACUCCGUUCUUGUGGCUAUAUGCGCGCUGAGUGUCAUUACUUUCCUUGUGCAACGGCAGACUUUGGUCCGCCUCAACAAAAGGAAACAGAUACAGUGGGAACAGAUGACUUCGGAAGAGAAGGCUCUGUACCAAGCAGACAUUAUUUCCCGAGAGAAAGAUGGCAACAAGCGGUUAGACUUCAGGUUCACACUCUGA